UACACAUGUCUGGACUUGAGAGAUAUUGAUCGUAUAACCCAUAAUAAUAAGUACAAAAACAGAGUGCCAUCGAAUUAUAGCUGGCACACUUCACAACUUACUAUGCCUGGAUCAAGAAGAAAAGCAGCCUCCAGUCCAGGGGAUGCUGAACCCAGUACCAAGCGGGUGAAGACAGAAUCUGUGAUAGGUGGCGUCACUGUCCAGUGGGAGGUUGAGGACAGGAAGAACACAUGGAUGUCAUACCCUGCCAGUCAGCAAGGAGAGAUUACUGAGGGGUUUAAUAAUAAGGAGAAGCAGGUGGCACUUGUUGAUGCAAAGGGUGAUGAAGUGACAGUGCUGUUUGAUAAAAUGACGCAGAAGAGCAAAAAGACGGGAUGGGAGAAGAGGAUUCACUGCGCAGUACAGGAGAAAGAAGGGACAGAUUUCUACACAUGGCAAUGGAAAGAUGAUAAAAACCAUUGGAGUUUCUUUGGUGUUGAUAUCAGUGUCAAGCUCGAAAAAUCAUUCCAGAGUCAGGACGACACUGUUUCAUUAACAAUAGCAAAUAAAUCAUAUACAGUGGAUAUAAAAAAGAUGGAACAGAAAAAUGAUGCUACAGGGUUCUCCAGAAAGAUUGCAAGACAGAUUUCAGAUGCUACAGCAUUACCAGAACCACCACCAUCAGUCAAAGCAGCCAUUGUUGCAAAGCCUUCUGGGAAGAGGAAAGCUGCAGAGAAUGAUGUCGAUGAGACGGGGGAUGCAAUGCCUGCUGGAAAAAAAGGGAGGUCGGGGCACAGUGCAGUUAAACAAGAGAAAGAAGCAGCAUCAGCAAAACCUUCCACGUCAAAGACGGUCCUGUUAAAAGGCAAGGCCCCGGUGGACCCAGAGUGCGUCCAGAAAGUAGGCAAGGCUCAUGUGUACUACGAGGGCAGUGAUGUCUAUGAUUGUAUGCUGAACCAGACAAACCUUUCAAACAACAACAACAAGUAUUACCUGUGUCAGCUGCUGCAGGAUGAUGGGAAGAAGUCGUACAGCGUGUGGUUCCGCUGGGGUCGCGUUGGGAAGAAAGGACAGAACUCUCUCUUCCCGUGUGGACCAGACCUGGAGGAGGCAAAGAGCAUCUUCUGCACAAAAUUUCAUGACAAAACCAAAAACGAAUGGUCUAUGAGAGACAAAUUCCAGAAAGUCCCUGGAAAAUAUGACCUCAUCAAGAUGGACUAUAAUGCUUCUGAUGAGACAGACUCGGGUAAAAAGAAACCCGAGAAGCAAGAAAAAGUUCCUCCGUCCAAACUUGACCCCCGUGUCCAGAACCUGGUCAACUUGAUCUGUGACAUCAAGACUAUGGAGGAUGCUGUCCUGGAGAUGAAAUAUGAUGCACAGAAGGCACCUUUAG